CUGGAAAAGGAGAAGUGGGAGAGCGAGAAGCCGGAGGGGGCGGCCGCCGAUCGCCCGGGCCUCUCUCUGCCUUCUCCGGCCGCGCCCGGCCGCCCGCAGCCUCGUGGGCUUCUGCGACCCCGCAGCGCUCCGGACCCGGCAGGGAAGGCAGGCGGGGCGCGCAGAAUGUGGCUCCCGCCCCGCGCGUCCUGGCGCUGGGCGCUGGCGCUGCUGGCCCUGGGCGGCCCGGGGCUGUGCCUCGCCAGUCCGCAGCCCAGGCACCCCGCGCGGCCAGGCGCCAGGAACAAGAACUGGUGCGCCUACAUCGUGAACAAGAACGUGAGCUGCUCCGUGCUGGAGGGAAGCGAGAGUUUCAUCCAGGCUCAGUACAAUUGUGCUUGGAACCAGAUGCCCUGUCCGUCCGCGCUGGUGUACCGAGUGAACUUCAGGCCCAGGUAUGUCACCAAGUACAAGACGGUGACACAGCUGGAAUGGAAAUGCUGCCCUGGGUUUCGAGGGGGAGACUGCCAAGAAGGUCCCAAGGACCCGGUGAAGACGCCCCGCCCCACGCCCACUCAGCCCCAAGACAGCAUGAAGAAAGCCGCAGGUAAUGAACCAAACCAAGUCUCAGAUCCCAAGAAGACUUUGGCACCAACUCAUGCAGCAGAUCCAAGCCAGGUCGUAGAUCCAAAGCAGGCACUCCAGGAACUUCAGGAAAAGAAAAUCCAGGUGCUUGAGGAGGAGAUUCUCCGACUCAAAAGGACAGUUGAUGAGCUCCAGUCUUCCAUUGCUGGAGUGAAUGAAAACCUUAAACACACCAUCCAGGAUGAUGCCAGUAAAAUGCUGGCAUCCUGGCUCAGCAAUCUGCACCCCCAGCCAGGACCUGACAGUGCCGUUGGUGGAGAGACAGAAACAAUUCAGCUUCCUGACAUCCUCAACACCAAAGAGGGUGGCAUGAAGGAUAUCAAGUCUGAGUUGGCUGAAGUCAAGGAUGCUCUGAAGACCAAGACUGACAAGCUGGAAGAGCUGGAUGGGAAAGUGAAGGGUUAUGAAGGGCAGCUCAAGCAGCUCCAGGAGGCUGCCCAGGGCCCUACAGUCACCAUGACAACCAACGACCUCUACCAAGCCUAUGUAGAUCGUAAGAUAGAUGCCCUGAGAGAGGAACUCAUAGAGGGAAUGGACAGAAAGCUGGCCGACCUGAAGAACACGUGUGAGUACAAGGUGGUUGGUCUCCAACAGAAGUGUGACGACUAUGGGAGCAGCUACUUGGAAGUGAUCGAGCUUAUAGGGGAGAAGGAAGCAAAACUGAGAAAAGAAAUAAAUGACCUUCGAACCCAGCUACAGGAUCCUUCAGCCCAGCCAAAUUGCUGUGACCGUGAAAAGAACGGUGACUUUGGUCAACAGAUCAAGACAUUAGACCAGAAGAUAGAAAGAGUUGCUGAAGCCACGAGAAUGCUGAAUGGGCGAAUGGACAAUGAGUUUGACCGCCUCGCAGUUCCAGAACCUGAUGUGGACUUUGAUGCAAGAUGGAGUGAACUGGAUGCAAGGAUCAAUGUGACAGAGAAGAAUGCAGAAGAACAUUGCUUUUACAUUGAGGAAACCCUUCGGGGGGCCAUUAGUGGAGAGGUAGGGGACUUGAAGCAACUUCUUGAUCAGAAAAUCCAGUCUCUGGAAGACCGUCUGGGGAGUGUUCUCCUAGAGAUUGCCAACAAUACAGAUGCAGAAUACACUCCCCCGGGGUCAGCCCUCCCACGUGUGUCAGGGAAUGAACAGGUAAUGACCGAAUUAAUCCACUUGAAGAACAAAGUUCAAGUUGUUGAGGAUAUUUGCCUGCAGAACUUCCAGGGAGAGCCUCAUGGGAUAGAAGGCACUUUGCCAAAUGGGAAAGACCACACAGUGGUUGACAGUUCAAGCCUUUUGAAAUCUCUCAAUGAAACAAUGCAUAGGAAAAUUCAGGAAACUGGACGUAGUAUCCAGAGACUUCAGCAAGAUUUUUACUUUCUUUAUUCUCUACUAAAUCACACAGAAAAUGAAGUCACUCGCCUUCAGCAUGAAAUAAGCAAUUGUAGAGAAGGUAAAAAUGAUGAUGUGGGUGGGUUUACUAAGGUGGGGGAGCAGGAGAGGACAACCGAGACCCUCCCGUCUACCCGGGGUCCCGUGGCUGACUGCUGCAGCCAGCUGGAGGAGAGGUGGCGGCGGUUGCAGGACCAGGUGCUCUCUGACCUGGACACCUGUAAGGAAAAUACGCAGGGUGUCCAGAGGGAGGUCUCCAUGGUCGAGGGCAGGGUGUCUCAAAUGGAAAGAACAUGCAGCAAACUGGACUCCAUCUCAGGAAGUCUCCACAGCUUCAAGGAAGGGCUCAACAAGCACGUCAAUAGCCUGUGGAGCUGUGUCAGGCAGAUGAAUGGGACACUCAGGUCUCAUUCCAGAGACAUUUCUGGCCUCAAGAAUUCAGUCCAGCAGUUCUACAGCCAUGUUUUCCAGAUUUCUACUGACCUGCAAGAUCUGAUCAAAUUUCAACCAUCAGCAACCGAGGAGCCGUCGGAAGUGCCGCAAGUACCACCCCGGGGGAAGGCCCCCAAAGUGCCAGCGAAGCCCUCAAGCCCCUCAUCGGCAGAGGCCCCCACGGAACCAGCGGGGCCGAAGCUGAGCCCGCCCCCACUACCCAGGCCCGAGGGUCUCCCGCCGCCCGAGGACCCGGGAACGUGGCUGCAGAGCGGCCAGCAGCCUGUCCUGCCCGGGAGACCCCUGCCACCGCUGUCCCCGCCCGCGCGGCCCGGGCUGCCCUUCUUGCCUGGCUCCACCGGGGUCUUCACCGAGAAGGGCGAGGCGGGGCCUCCGGGGCGAAGCGGCGUGUCGGGAAGGGGCCUGCCCCCGGGCGCGGACGGCCAGACCGGGCAGGGGGCCGUCCCCAGCUCCGAAGGCUACGCGGGGUCCCCAGGAUACCCCAAGUCACCUCUUGCCGCCUCCCCAGGGGUGCCGGGGACGCCUUCUCUGGUGUCUUUCUCUGCGGGGCUCACCCAGAAGCCUUUCCCCAGUGAUGGGGGUGUCGUCCUCUUCAACAAAGUGCUUGUCAAUGAUGGUGAUGUGUAUAACCCCAAGACCGGGCCCGUGGGGCUGGGGAGGCCCGAUCAGGAGAAGAUGCCCCGCUGGGCAGUCGUGGGUGCCAGAGGCUUUGAGGGAUCAGAGCUGGCACAUCUUGAUCUUCCCAGUUUUGUAGACCGUUAUAAAGAAGUGUCUCCUGGCCUCGGGGGCUGUGGAAUGGAUAGGUAUGCUUUGCAGCAACGUUUUCUAGUUACAGGAUCAACCUAUGGGUCCUCAGGGCUCACCACUGGACCUACUGGGCCCCUGCCCCUCUGGCCCACCCCUCUGUGGCCACUUGCCAUCGGACGGUCACCCUGACACCCUGGUGUGGGACCGGGGGAAGGGCUGCUCUGCUUCCUUCCAAGUCCCUGCUUUUCUGAUUAACACAGCUAAAAGAGGAACUGCCCCCCUCUCCAGAAGGGCUCAGCCUUGCGUGCGAAUCUCUGCUCCGGGAGAGAGCUGCCAAAGCUGUGUAUGCACCCCCUACUCCUGGGUUGUUUUGGGGUGGCAUUUCCCCUAUAUUUCUGGCAGCAUCAGUCUCCCCUUCCAUCCCCAUCCCCUCUCUGGCCCUCCUGCUAAACCCCCCUCUUCAGAAGGCAGUGGUUCGGAAAUGGAGGGAGUAUAAAGAUCACCUGCAAGGGCUUGGGAAGCUGAGGUUCCUGGGGCUCUGGGUGGUUGGAGUCUGCGUUAGUGACCAAGUCCCCGAGGUGCUGAUGAGGUCAGAGUCCCUUCUGGGUACCCUCCUGGGCCAUUUAAGGGCCACAGGGUUCUCUGCUCUGGAAAUUCUAUGGCCUUUGUACCACACUCCCCUCCCCCAGGGUCGCUCCAUGCUGCUUUGGCUGUGGGGACAGCUUGUCCACCUGGAUAGCCAGGUGACCCUUGCAAGCAGGGUUGGUGACCUACAUCCCCUCACGUUGCUGCAAUGCCCAGAGCUGGGAUCUCACAUCUGCAGGUGCUCAGGACAGGAUAUCAUGGGUGAACUUGAGAGCUGCUUCUGUCCCUAGGAUCCUAGGAGCCCCUGGAGAUGCCAAGAGCUGUAAAUCACUGUGAGCUGCUGGAGGAGUGGGCUGGGUGGCCUGGCCUUCUCUGAUGGAUUUUCAAGGCUGAUUGAAGGUCCAGGCCCUUUACAGCCCUUGUUAGCUCCCAGAUCCCUCCAUGUGAUGUCAGCUCUGGGCUUGCUGGUCAGUGGUCAAUGUCCAGUGCUGCCCACAGCCCCAGCCUAAGAAGGGGCUGCUCCUGCCAGCAUUUGGGCUUGGCCUCUUCUAGCUGUGGGGCUCCCUACAGCUGCUGCUGCUUAGCAGGUAGCUGGCUGCAGAAGUACAUCACCGACAAAUCUUAACUGCCCUCUCCUUCUUGCCAUCUGCCCUCCUCCCAAUCUCACUUCCCCUGCCUCCCGGCCUUCCCCAGGCCCAGAACAUGUGGGCAGUUGGCUAAGUAACUGUCAGUGCUUACUUCCGGUGUGAAUGGAUGCCAGCUGUGUACUGACUGAAUGCAAGGAGCUGGACUCGGAUGGGAAGAGGGCCGGGUGUGGCCAGCUGGGGUGAUUGGCUCCAGGUCUGCCUCUCCCUGGGUUGGCGGCGCACUAUGUGUUUAUCAGACCUGACUCCUAAAGAAGCAGCUCAUGCAUUUCUUGGGUCGCGUGCACAGCAGCCCAAGUGUGAGGCUGAUGAGAAGAUGGUCUUGGGGUGCUUUCAGUGAGGGAGAGGCAGGGGGACAGCCCAAGAGGCAACCAGGCUCCUAGGUGUGUGCUGCUUUCCCACUGACCCUCGGCCCCGGGCUUUGUGAUGCACAUGAGGGGUGUUGGGGGCCACGCUGCCUUCACAGCCAGGCUGCAGAUAUUUUUCUCGAUGUACCUUGCAGAACAGUAAGAGGUGAGUUUUUCCUAGGGCUGCUGUAAGUGUGGGGUGAGAGGUAUGUUAAUUAGACCAAAUCCUGGGGAGGGGGCAGUAAGGGGGUUGUUGCAGUUAGAUAUUUUUUUUUCCUGAGUGUUACAAACAGAAGACAGUGGGUCUCACAAUAAAGAAUGGGCCAAGGGAAAAUGCAGAACAGUGCUGACCAAAUUGGAUCUCCGGGUCGCUGGGUGGGUAUGGGGUGGGUGCAGCAUAAAAGGGGCUGCCUCCCAGGGGCCAGGCUGCCUGUACCCAGCUCGGCCUUACUUCUCAUGCCCAGGCAACAGCCUCCCUGGCUUGCCCAAGGGCUCUGGGUGCUGAAACCUGGCCGGCCAGGAUGGCUGGUGGCCCGAUGCCAGCGGCAAAGGGUUGAGAUUGUGAGCGCUGAGCCCUGUGUCUGCCUUCCUCCCAGGGAUCUUCACAGCUCCCUAUGAUGGACGCUACCUGAUCACCGCCACCCUCACCCCGGAGAGAGAGGCCUAUGUGGAGGCUGUCCUGUCUGUCUCCAAUGCCAGCGUGGCCCAGCUGCACACGGCCGGGUACAGGA